GAACGUCAAUCAAAAACACAUCGGAAAACACGCUGCGGUCUUCAUUUGUAAACAGCGUAAACAGUGAUUAGUGUUGUACCAAAAAGCAGAUCGUUUUUUAGCGUUUAAACAGUAAUUUUGAGUUUCAACAAGUGAAUAACUUCGUAUUUUGUUUCGUAAAACAUGGGCAAAAGACGUGGCAACCAUAAGCAAAAUCCGUUUGCUAAGAAAAAGCGCGACUUGAAAGAGAAGGAAUCAGAGCCGGCACGACGAGAAAAGCCAUAUGAAGAUAUUGUUCGCCAGAAUGAUUCAUUCGAGACAUACUACAAGCAUCAGAAUAUCUGCAAGCCUGAAGAAUGGGACGAGUUCAUAGCUAAGCUGCGGUCCAAUUUGCCGGUAACAUUCAGAAUCACCGGCUUCAAGAGUCAAGCCCGGGCCCUACUCAAGAUUAUCAAGGACAACUUUUUCUCAGAAUACUACCGUGCGGUAGCCCAAUUCAGAGAAAAUGGCGAAGAAGUGCCAGAGCCACAAUGUUUGGGGUGGUAUCCGAAUGAAUUCGCAUGGCAACUGGAUCUAUCUCGAAAGGAUAUCCGACGCUCGGAAGCUUUAUACAAGCUUCAUAAUUUCCUGAUUGCGGAAACAAGUUCUGGUAACAUCAGCAGACAGGAAGCUGUUUCGAUGAUUCCACCGCUUGUUUUGGGAGUAGAACCCCAUCACAAGGUGUUGGAUAUGUGUGCUGCUCCGGGUUCUAAAACAGCUCAGUUGAUCGAAGCUUUGCAUGCGGGCGGGGAGAAUCUACCCACUGGAUUCAUCAUGGCCAACGAUAUUGAUAACAAUCGGUGCUACAUGUUGGUCCACCAAGCUAAGCGUCUGAGCUCCCCGUGUUGUGUUGUGACCAAUGCCGACAGCUCAAAUUUUCCGAAUCUAAAGCUUAAAACCGAUUCUGGUGAGAUGCAAAAUCUCAAGUAUGAUCGCGUCCUUUGUGACGUUCCGUGUUCCGGAGAUGGAACCUUGCGAAAAAACCCGGAUAUCUGGACCAAGUGGAACCUGCAACAUGCAUGUAAUCUACAUGGACUGCAGUAUCGCAUUGUGAAACGUGGUGCCGAAUUGUUAGAAGUUGGAGGAAAGCUAGUCUAUUCCACCUGUUCUCUGAAUCCGAUUGAAAAUGAGGCUGUCCUUCAUUACCUUCUCACGCAAGCAGGUGAUGCUUUGGAAAUUGUUAAAGCCAGUCACUUACUGCCGACGCUGAAGCACAAUCCUGGUAUCACUUACUGGGAACCGGCAACGAAGGACUUGCAAUUUUACAAGACUUUCGAAGAAGUACCGGAAAUGUACCACACUAUCAUUCGACCACAGAUGUUUCCCCCUGCACCGGAAGAUGCGGCAAAAUAUAAUUUGGAGAACUGUAUCCGAGUAAUGCCUCAUCAGCAGAACACGGGAGGAUUCUUCAUUGCUCUGCUGGAAAAGAAAAAGCCUCUUCCAUGGGAAGCGAGUGAGGCGGACACCCAGAAGGAUGCGGAUACCAAGAAGCAGGAUGAUGAGGAGUCCCAACGAAAAAAGCCAAAAUACCGACGUGGUUUCAAAGAGGAUCCGUUUGUUUUCUUUGACGGCCAGGAGGAGAUUUUCGAUUCAAUCAAGGAUUUCUACCAACUUAAAAAUGCCUUCGAACCGAAAAACCUGCUGACGCGAUGCAAGGAGGGCAAGAAGAAAAACAUCUACUUCAGCUCUGAAGUGCUCCGGAACGUGAUCACCAACAAUGAGGAACGUAUCAAGUUCAUCAAUCUGGGCGUAAAGACGUUCGUCCGAUGCGACAACCGCAACAUGGAAUGCGAUUUCCGGUUGGCCCAGGAAGGGCUGCCCAGCGUCAUCAGCUUCCUCGGUCCCGAUCGGCAGCUGUUCAUCGCCAAGGAGGAUCUCGUGCGGUUGUUAUCGAACAACGAUCCAACCCGGCCGCCGGAGAUUAGCACCCUGUCGGAGGCAACGCAGAUGAGCGUCCAGCUGCUCGGGCCCGGAAGUUGCGUUCUACUGUACGACGACGGCGAGCUGCAGCUGAACGUUGUUGGGUGGCGUGGGACGAAGAGCUUGAGAGCGUACGUUGAUCAGCACGAUACUGUCCACAUGCUGCGCCUGCUGGGCGCCGAUGUUUCCAAAUAUGAGAAAAAUAAGUUCGAGGCUAAAAAGGAAGCCGAAACGGAGAAGGAAACGGUAAAAGAUGAAACAGAAGACAAUGAAAAGAAAGUCAUUGAUGAUGUAAAAGAAAUAGACAAGAAGUCUGAACAAGAGGAAGAAGAUGAUAAGAUGGACAAUGAGGAGAAGAAAGAAAAAGUCUCGAGUUGAAACAACGACUAUGAGUAAUGAAUCGUUUGGUGCAACAACCUACAAAAUGACUUGUGUAUUAUUUCGACUAGAUGUUGAAUAAAUAUUGAUUUGAACUCAAA